CCGUUACACACUCCUUUCCAGCUUCAACCGCCCACCCCCGUUUGCCGUCGUCCGUCCUCGUUUCCUUCCCGCACAAGCAAACGAACGAACGAUCAAUCGAGCGAAUCAUCAGCCCGCAAGCCCUCCACCACCACGCACUUCCGCGCUCCCCACCGCCCCCUAUCGCCGCCUGCGCCGCCCAUGCCCGCCACCGGCACACACUAGCCCACACCCCACCUCCUUACCUCACCCUCUACCUCACCACGCAAUGCAGCCACCACCACCACCGCCGCUCUCCCCCGUGCCGGAGGACUCAAUCUUCAUCUCCCGGAUCCCCUCCCGCUCAGAGCCAUCUCUACACCAGCAGCCGCACUCCACACCGCCCCCCUCCCGAAGCGGCGGCCUCGGCGCGCCCCACUCACGACACUCCACCGGCGGCGCGGGGGGCGCGCGCGGCCCGCGCGUACCGCGCCGCCAGCCGCCUACGCACCCUCACCCGCGGCCGGUGUCGUUUCCGCCGACGUCGGCGAUGCGCGCCAGCUGCGAUCUGGUCUAUGAUGGUAAUGGGUCGAAGGAGAGUAUCAUCGCGUCUGAGUACCUGAGGCAGGUUGGGGGGGAGUAUUAUGGGCCGAGGAUUGUGAGGGGUUUCGAUCUUGAGGGGGGAGGGGGGAGGGGUGGGGGGACGGAUACUGUGACCGUCGCGAGCAGUAUGAGUGAAGAGGUCGAGACGAGGCCGCUCUACAGACGCACUUGGGUCAUCGCUAUAUACGUCGGGAUAAUGUUUACCAUCAUUGCGCUGGCGGCGGCGCUGGGCGUCGUGCUCAGCUAACCGCCACUACCACCGGUACACUGCCUGCAGGGGCUGGGCGUUUAUAUUCUUUUCGGUUCCUUUCGCGGGUUCUGGAGGGAGGGAGG